ACUGAACGUGUGUAGUCAAAACAUAAGUAAUGCUAAACUCAAAACAUACACUUGCAAUAAUUUAAAGAGAACAGUUGACUCUUAACAAUUGAAGUUGAAGAAAGAACGAAUAAAAUUCGAAGAAAAUGAGUUUUCCAACAGACUGGGAUGUGAAUCGGUAUAGAGCCGACUACGAAAGUGACGAACAUUGGCAAUUGCGGAAGGCAUUUAUUGACGCGCACAAAGAUAAAUUUCCCGAAUGUGAAUUGGUGUGUUUGGCACAAGUGUUUACAAACAUUGAGUUUUUGGGGUGUCGUUACCCAAAGAAAACAAUGGAACGUGUUGCACUUUUGUCAAAAGAUAUUGCGGCCAAAUUUCGUGCAUCGCGUAGCGGUCGAUUGAAACGAACAUUUGUUGGUGCGAGUGAUGCGGCUAGCGCCAAAGCUAAAGGACGUGGAUCUAAAACACAGGCCACCAGGUCAAUCACAAUUCCAUCGAUUGAAAGUUCGUUUCGUAAACAAGAAUCAACAACAAAUGAUGAACCUUCGGCCAGUACAAAUGUAAAUGACAAUAAUUCAGGAAAACGAAAACGCACACUGGACGAUAAUAGUGAUGAUGAUGGUCAAAUGGCUCGCCCGUCUUUCUCAUUAAAUCCAUCGACUGAAAGGACAGAGUUCGCGCCCACUUGUCCGGCGAAUAAUAUAUUUCAGUCGAAGCCACCAUUCAAAAUAAUAAAACGAUUGCCAAAUACUGGUUUCAUUAUUUACGAAACACUUGCACAAAAUAGUCAACAGAGCAUCAGCAUCAUUCAAAUGAGCGCAGCUAAACAAGGUGCAAUUGUUAAAUGUGAUGUAGAGGUAUCCCAAAGCAAACCAACAACGCUUGAAUGUGUUGUUCGUAUCAAUGGUACCGUCUAUGGUCAAGCACCAGUUACAGCCGGCAAAAAAGAAGCCAAGCAACAAGCAUUCGACAAAGCAUUAGAACGGGCGAAAAAAAUUCACUAUACAAUCAAACAAAAAUCAGUGCACACCGUCAGUGUUGACGUGGAUGAACAGAAUGAUGGUGGUGGUGAUGCUGUGGGAAUGUCGAAAAAUACUCAAUUGAACGAGGAUAAUAUUGGUUUUAAAAUGAUGAAAAUGCUUGGAUGGUCGGGUGGUGCGCUGGGUGUGAGUGGGAAUGGCAUCGAACAACCGAUUAGCAUUGAAAUGAAAGUUGACCGUUGCGGUCUUGGAUUGUCAUCCGAUUCGACAAAACUGAAUUAUGAUUUUUUUGUUGAUUAUCUGACAAAAUACAAAACCGACGAAUCGGCAACAUAUGAUUUAGCAUUUUCCAAAGAAUUCACAAAGGAUGAACGCAAAACACUACACGAAAUUGCCAGUCGCUUGGGAUUGAAAUCAAGAAGUCACAACACAGCCGAUGGCUCACGGUACAUAAUCAUUUUCAAAAAAUUGGAACUUAUCGAUUUGGCAAACGAAAUUUUCAACAAUGGCCUUCGAUCAAAAUGCUACGAACUAAUUGCGCCCACCGAACCUGAACCACAAAAAGCCACAAGAAAAAUACUACCACCGCAUUUACAACAACGCAAAGCAAACAAAAUCGGCUUUAAUUACACACAACAAAGUCGAAACCAACACCACGCACCAAAACAAAACAACAAACGAAAGAAAUUCUUCUGAAUGGCCUUGAAUAAAAUCCUAUGAAAAAGAUCACAAUUUCUAUGAAAAAAAAAACAUAGCAAAAUGUCGAUACAUAUAGAAAGUCAACUUAGUAAAUUUAACGCCAUACAAUAGUAACAGCUGAAAUUACUAACUAAAUGUCGUUUUUUUAUAAUUAUAAAAUACUAAUAACUAUUUUUAGAUUUCGCUAUUGAAACUUUGAUUUUACUAUAGUAACAUUAUAAUGUGAUUUUCUAUGUGAGAUAAGGUAACAUUUGAACAAUCAAUGAUUCGAACAAAAAAAAACUCGAAGACAAUUUCAAAUGUCCUUCUAAGAAAUUCUAUUUCGUUCUACUGGC